CUAAUAUAUUAUUGAUCAUACCUCAAUGGUUUAUGGCAAUCAGCCCGAUAAAUCAAUUUAAAUACUUCGUGUUAAUUUCUCGAGUAUGAUCAUUUAGUUACGGAUUUUUUAACAACACUUCAGAUACGAAAGACGACACGACAAUGGAAGGCUCCGGAAAGCCAGUGGAGCACGACAGAAGAAUGUCAAUUAUUUCCCAAGCAAGUAUGGCUGUAUCACAACUACCCAAGGGGAAUUUGCAGGAAAUAAAAAGUUAUGCAAAGCCUCCUGAAGCUGUUAAAGAAGUACUAUCGGCUGCUAUGUUAUUACUUGGUCACCAGGAAUCGGAAGUGAAUUGGAAGAUGGUUCAGAAAUGUCUUGCUAAACUAGGAGAGGAGUCAUUACAACAGAGAGUAGCAGAUAUGGACCUCGAAAAAAUACCACAGAAGAACAUAGAGAAGGCCAAAGCAAUACUGUCAAAAUAUGACGAAGAUAAGAUAGCAAAAGUCAGUCUUGCAGUCAAGGCAAUUUAUGUUUGGGUUGAUGCCGUGACUGAAUACUAGGCGACAUCAGAGUACUUCGCGUGAACACCUUUCUUCAUUUAGACACUGUUAACAAAACGGACAUAUUACAUGUUAUAUGUUUGAUUUGUAAAGCUACUGGAAGGAUAUAACAUGUAACGUUACUACAAUGUCUGAGCUUCAACCUUUUAUUUAUAAUAAUAGCAAACAGAAAUGUAGCAGUACACACACACACGCACGCACGCACGCACGCAGAGAGAGAGAGAGAGAGAGAGAGAGAGAGAGAUUAGUCCUGACGUUAUAAUAUUAUGGUUUUAUCAUGGUGUAAUAUUGCCUCAAUACUGUCACUACAUCUAUUUGUUUUAUGUCAUACAUGGUAUCUUUUGACCGAUUGACGUUAAAUUUCAAGGCGACAUCACUUGAAUGUUAAAGAAUAUAUUCACGGUGUUUACAUUAUCUUUUAUUACAGAAAAGUGUGUAAUUUUAUAA